AUGUUCGAAUGCAGCACCUGUACCGAACAAUUCUGGGAUUGGGAUGACUGCCAUGACCAUAUGGAUUACAGAGAUCACUGGAUCGAGUGUGAAACAUGCAAUCGAGGAUUCCGCACACAGUCCGCUUGCAACCAGCAUAUGAACGCCACACAACACUGGGCGCCGACCUUCGAAUGCGAAACAUGCACUAGCACCUUCUCUAGUCAACACGCCGUCAGCAACCAUAUGAACGCGAAGGGUCAUUGGCUCCCGACCGUUCCAUGCGAGACAUGUCCGAUGAAAUUCCAAUCGGAGCAGGCUGUGGAGAAUCACAUGAGAGCCACGGGACAUUACAAGAAUUACUGCCAAGAAUGCAAGCGUAAAUUUCAGAACGAGAACUGUUUGCGCCAGCACCGGAACUCCAAAACCCACCGCGGUACCAACAUUGCCUGUCCGUUCUGUCAGACUGGCUUUGUCACGGCCAGCGGUGUCUCCCAUCAUCUUGAGAGUGGGUCCUGUCCUCAAGCUCGAGUUUUGAACCGCGACAGCAUCCACCGCAUUAUUCGACAGCUUGAUCCGAAUGGCAUUGUAUGCAAGAAGCAGAUCGGGUGGCAUGAUGAGCAGAACUCGACCUAUUCCGUUACCGACAGUGCCUGGAAUGGUGACUGUUGGAUGUGUUACCUAUGCAAAAGGGGGUUCAAUUCGAGAAAGGCGCUGCAAUCGCAUGUUAACUCGCCCGUGCAUAAGGACAAGGUCUACCACUGCCUCAAGGGCGGCUGUCCAAAGGAGUUUCACUCCCUUGCUAGUCUGUUCAACCACCUAGAGAGCGAAUCGUGUGGAUAUAUGCGGUUCGAGGGGGUUCAACAAGUUCAUAACCGGUUGAACGAUGCUAUCAUGAACCGCCGGAUGAUUGCAGGAUUCUAG